AUUCCACCACUGCUAAGCAUAUUUCCCAUCAGUCAGCAAGCACUGGAGAUACUAUAUCUACAAUAACAGUGAAUCUGUCUAUAGAGCCCAGGAAGGUAUUUUGGAAUCUUGAGAGCAUCACAAUAUGCUCUCAAAAGCAUGGCGUUAAUUUUUCUCAUUAAUUUUUAGGCAAUACCUAGGCUUCUGCUCUAGAACUGACUGCAUCCUCUACUUCAUCAGGACACACAAGCUUGGACCCAAAGCAACAGAAUGGAAGCCAUCUGGACAUAAUGUUGGAAAAAUCGAUUCAAUGGCUCCAACAGGGCUCCAGAAAUUCCUCAGCAGCCUUGCAGAGGGCUUCAUUUUCCAGAAGGCCGAAGCACAAACAAGUGGAUCGCUCUCCCGGAUCUGACAGCGCAAAGGGGGAAGAAGAGGAUCCAAUUGAAAGGGAAGGAAGAAAACAGUUCGCAAGCCUGGACAGCUCAGUCAAGCAGGGGAUUCAACAGGAACGUUCAGAGUGCAGCAUGAUUGUGAACUUCUGGCUAGGCUCCAUUUUCUUUAUCAAGGGAGGUGCGGAAUAGCUAGCAUGGAACGAAGCAGCUUACAAUAUUUCGGAAUUACUAUACGCGAUCUUUAAGCGAAAUAGUCCGAUAACGGUCCUGCGAUAUUAUCGACGGAGGGACUUUCCUCUAAAUUCCGCCUGGGGUUCAGUGAAAUUUUACCCUCUUUCCCCCUUUUUUGCGCGCGUUGGCGUACUGGGCGCCAACUAACAGUCUUGCCCUGGUUCGCGAGGAAGGCGAGGCUUCCGAGCGGAGUCGAUUUGUUUGUUCCCGCCAAUGCCGUGACUGGCGGGCCUCCUUUCGUUGCCACUUCUGCAACCGUGCUCUUGGCCGGGCGGAGGCGGAGAAAGGCCCCUGGAAAGAGAAGCCGCGGAAGCUCUUCGACUUUGGAGUGUCCGAGGUUGCAACAGCAAUUGCUAUAUGCGCACUAUGACACAAUUUCCUACCGAAGAAGUCGGUGCGCCAGAAAAACUUCCUCCGCAACAUUAGGUUCUCACGACAAUCCUCCCACCCAUCCCAAAUAUUGAGCCAAACGACCUGUUGCUUUCUUACUGCUAUUUCUAGGUGCUCUCAAGUGUCCCGGUUCCGGCAUUGAAAGCGAGGCUGAGAUUCCACUUCAUUCCUGCCUUUCACUCCGGCCCGGCCCACUUUCCAGUCCUCCUGGAGUUGGACUGGAGUUAACAGCUUCCAGAGAGAGGGCUGGGGUGGGUGGAAGGUAGCAGGGUUAUCUGUUGCGCCAAAAGGUGCUCGUUACAUAAAAAACACCCACACAACACGUUUUACGGCUCCCCUCUUGGUGCGUUAGUCGUCUUGCAAGUCUAGCCACUUCCUAGCCAAGCGCUCGCGUUUAUAACGCUCGAGGAGCCGCACUCGGCUGGCUGCUCCAAGCCAAGGAGGUCGCAAUUACUGUUUGGAUGAGAACUCACCCGAAGAUCACCCAGUGGAAGUCGAGAAAACACCCCAAAAGGAGGCAAUGGCGAACCCCUUCCUUUGUGUUACCUGAAAAUCAGCUAAGCUAAUCACCUUAUCUAUUUUUCCAUCUUCAUGGGGCCUUAAGAUUGUUCUUGUUCAGGAAAAGCAUUUCCGGGGAAAAGAAAAGACUACGGGUUUCACCAUAAAUUGCUACGAAAUUUUUAAAACCUAUUUAAUAGCUUCCUUUUUUCUGAGAGUAAAACAUGAAACCUGCUUUAGCUGAUUACUGUAUUCUAGUCCUCUCAUUUAUCUGUGUACUCAAAUCAGAGAAAUGUUUCCAGAAAUAUGAAAGGGAGAAGAUAUUUGAAGAAAACAAUCCUUUUAGGCUUGACUGCCCAAUUUCACACUAUCAACGUACAAACUUUACCCUGAACUGGUACAUGAAUGGAAAUGACACACCUUUGAUUACACCGCCUUUUUCAAGAGUAUUCCAACAGAAUACCAGCCUCUGGUUUAUCCCUACAAUAGCUCAAGAUUCAGGAUUGUAUCACUGUAGUUAUAGGAAUUCAACAGUAUGUUAUAAGUACAGCAUCCAAAUUGCAGCUCUCAAUAAUAGCGCUGGUCUUUGUUUUAAUGAAAAUUACCACCUUGAGCAAACCUUGUUUCCAAAAGGAUCAUCCCGGAUUGUGUGUCAUCAAGUGAAUUACUUUGGACAGGAAGUAGAUUAUUCUUCCAUUCAGUGGUAUAAGGAAUGUGAGUCAGUACAAGGAGAACGAUUUGCGUUGUUCAGAAACCAACUUAUUAUAAAAGAAUUGAAAAAAGAUGAUGAGGGAAAAUAUUUAUGCAAAGGAACCUAUACUUUUAGGGGAAAGAAAUACAAUUUUUCAAAUAGUAUUUUAAUGAAUUUAUUAGAUUCAGCCAGGAAGAGAACUGAAAUUUUGUACCCCCUAAACAAUACUAUUGAAGCUGAUGUUGGAUCCAAUGUCUUUACAGAGUGCAAUGUAUCAAGUUUCAGAGACAGUUUCAUUCCUAUAUCCUGGAAAGUAAAUUAUACUCAAGUUGACAGUCUAUUUAAUGGUAGAAUCAUAGAAGGAAAUCAAACAAAUAUUCCAAAGGAUGGAGCAGAGAUUUUUACGGUGUCUCUGAACAUUACAAAGUUGAAAACUGAAGAUUAUGAUCAGCAGUUUACUUGCCAUGCAGGUGAAGUUGCAGCAUACAUCAAAAUACAGCGCCCAACAAAAAACUAUGCAGCUUUUGUGAUAUUGAUAUUACUACUGAUUAUUCCUAUAUUAAUCUGCAUCUUGUUCAAGAUUGAAAUUGUCCUUUGGUAUCGGAAAUCAUGUCGCCCUUUUUUUCAUAAAAAAGUUUCAGAUGGAAAAAUCUAUGAUGCAUAUGUGUUAUAUCCAAAAAUCAGCAACCAAGCUGACUUUGUACUGAAAGUACUGCCUGAAGUUCUGGAAAAACAGUGUGGAUACAGUCUCUUUAUACCUGGAAGGGAUGAUUUGCCAGGAAAAGCGAUAGUCAACGUUGUUGAUGACACCAUUACGCAAAGCAGGAGGCUGAUUAUGAUUCUAGUAGCUGGGUUGUCCAGCUCAGAAGAGGCUCCUGAGCAGAAUAUAGCAAUGUAUCAUGCUCUUAUACCUGAUGGAAUGAAAACUAUCCUGAUCGAAAUGGGUAAGAUAAAGGAUUACAGCAACAUGCCAGAGUCCAUUAGAUACAUCAAGCAAAAACAAGGAGCUAUCAGAUGGAACGGGGACAUCACGAAGAAAGGCUCUUGUUCGGCAAAUGGUUCCUUUUGGAAAAAGGUCAGAUACCGAAUGCCACCAGAACGUCAAGGGUCCCAAGGACUAGCUUUGAUGCCAAUCACCCAGAUGAUAAAAGAAUAGUCUUGAGAUCAUUUCAGAAUCCCUCUGGAGAGACGUUUACAUUGAAUUUGAUGCAACAUGUCCUAUAUUAUGGAGAUGGAUUCCUAAAUUUAUAUGUAAUGUUGGAACUGAUUUUCUUUUUUAUUCAUGAGAUUAAAGUAUGUACAGCAUUUUCAUUUUUUAAAAAAAUGAUAUGUGAACAGGGAUUAUUUGAUAAGGAAUUUUUGCUUAUAAAAAUGGUGCAAAUACCCAUGAUUUCCUGACUAAUUUUAUACCAUCCUUUUAGUUUCAGAUACCAAUCCUGCCUCAAUGUAUGUUUCCAGGUUCUGUGCAGCAGCACUCAAAAUUCAUCUGAUGAUGACCUGUGCUAUAAACCAGAUUUCCUGAGCACUAGUUUACCAUGUUAUUAAAGUGCUUUGUUACUUGGUAGAUCUAGUUUUCUACAUAUUAACCUUUUAUGCUCUCCUGUAAUGCUCCUACCCCUUCUUUUAGGCACUCAUUUAUGUUUUCACUUUGUAGUAUAUUGUUUAUAUUUUCUAGAUUUUUCUUAUAAGUGUGUUUAGCUUUUUAUUUUUGAUAUAUCCUUUAAGCUUCUUAAAUGACCCUCAGUGUCUCAAAUAUUUCAUUUUGACUUGCUCAAUUUUUUAAAUACAAUUUUUGGAAGAUUCUCAUUUUCAAGAGAGAACAUUUGCAUGUGCACACAUACAGAUUCCUGAGGAAUAAGCCCAACGAAGCUCAGACAUGGUUGUAGAACUCAAUUGAGCCAGAAAACUGGUUUCUGAGAUGCCUUGGGUUAAUUCCUUGUGGGAGGUUGCAUUUCUGCUGGCAUCCUAUUUUUGAACCUCUGCUCCCCUUAGUAAGAACUAAGUGAUGCGUUAGAUAAGCCCUUGAAUAGGGUCCACUCUUAUUUUUACAGACUGUUUUUUGUAGCUAUACUAACAUAACAGGCUAGGAGGCCUGAAACCUUUUGAAUGCCCUGUCAUUAAUAUUCCCUUUUGUUAAGCAUUUGAAAUAGGCCUUACACCAUGUGUGACAAUGCAAAGUAUUUCUCUUCAAACCUACAGACGAGUCUUUUCGCAAGGUUCACCCUGCUGCUUUGGAAGAUUUUUCCAGCUGCCUCUCCUAAGCUUCAUGAAGAGACAAAGAUAGAUAACAUCCAGGAGCAACUUCUGAGAACAGUUACACAAGCUGGAAACAGGCAUUAUUCAUUUGAAGAGAGUUGCUUUUCUUACACUCCUGUGCUACAUAAAACACCCCUUUGGGCUGCCUUGCACAGCUGUAGUCACUGUCUGAUGCGCAAGAUGACUGGGUUAUUUUGGGCUUAUCCUCAACAGCUGCAAAAUGCCACAUUAUUUGGAAGAGGUCAUUUUUAAAAAAUUUCUUCUUAUAUAACAUAUAAACAGUUGACCAUAAGCACAGUUGACCUUUAUAAGCACUUAGUGUACUUAUUUUAUAUACAUUUAUUUUUUUAAUACAACUGAGAGUCUGUUUUUAGCAGUAUAUUUACAACACACUCUUUUUUACUUGUAAAUAUAUUCUAGUGUAUGUACAUUAUUUUUAUGAUGUGAACUGUCCAGAAUUGAUUAAAACCAUGUGGCUGCCAAAGUAGAAUUAAUUAAAUAAAUAAAUACUGUUUCUCCUUCUA